CCCAGCAGGGAGAAGCCCUUCAGGUGCUUGGAAUGUGGGAAGAGCUUCCGGAAGAGCUCCAUCUUCAUCCACCACCAGCACAUCCACACUGGGGAACGGCCCUACACAUGUGGGGAAUGUGGGAAAAGCUUCAACCAGAGCUCCCACCUGUUCAGACACCAGCGCAUCCACAGUGGGAAACGGCCCUACGUGUGUAAUGGUUGUGGGAAGAGCUUCACUGACAGCUCCAACCUGAUCCGACACCAGCUCAUCCACAGCGGGGAACGCCCCUACACAUGUGGGGAAUGUGGGAAAAGCUUCAACUGCAGCUCCACCCUCCGUACCCACCAGCUCAUCCACACUGGGGAACGGCGGUACAAAUGCUUGGAAUGUGGGAAGAGGUUUCGGACCAGCUCAAGUCUCCUCAGACAUGAGAUGACACACACGGAUGAGAGGCCCUUCUGCUGCAUCGACUGUGGGAAGGGCUUGAAGUACAACUCCACCCUCGUCACCCACCGGCGCAUCCACACCGGUGAGAGGCCCUACAAGUGUGGGGAGUGUGGGAAGAGCUUCACCUGGAGCUGUAACUUGACCAGACACCAACGGACCCACCGGUAAGGAAAGCCUUACAAGUGCCCCGACUGCGGGAAGAGCUUUGGCCGCUGCUUCCACCCCGAACUGGUACUCCUGGUAGUUUUAGUGUU